GUGUUUUUAACAUCAUUUGGUCCAUACGGAAGAAGUUGAAUCGUUGUGGAAAGGUUGUGAAACUCUGGAUUUCUGUGAUGCUUAACAUGAAGUUGAUCCACCUGAGGAGAUGAUAGUAUCUGCCCUGCUGUCCUCUUCCGUACUGUGUGUUUGUGCUGCAGGACUCCAUCACAGAGGAGGUGGUGGAGAUGCUCGCUCCUUACCUGGAAAUGGACGACUACAACAUGGAGUCGGCCAAGAGGAUCUGCGGUAACGUGGCAGGACUCUGCUCCUGGACUCAGGCCAUGGCCGACUUCUUCGCCAUCAACAAGGAGGUCCUGCCUCUGAAGGCCAACCUGGCCCUGCAGGAGGCUCGUCUGGUGGUCGCUCAGUCUGAACUCGCUAAAGCUCAGGAACAGCUGGACGCCAAACAGCAGGAGUUGGACGCCGUGCAGGCGCUCUACGACGCUGCCAUGAAGGAGAAGCGGGACCUGCAGGAUGACGCCCACGCCUGCCGCCGCAAGAUGGCCACCGCUACGGCUCUGAUCGACGGGCUGGGAGGAGAGAAGGUUCGUUGGACCGACAGCAGCGCUGCGUUCCAGACGCAGAUCAAACACUUGGUCGGGGACGUCCUUCUGUCCACGGGCUUCCUGUCCUACGCUGGACCCUUUAACCAGGAGUACCGCAGCCUGCUGCUGGAGCUGUGGAAGAAAGAGAUGGAGGACAAGCUCAUCCCCUUCAGUCCUGACUUGAACGUGAUUGGUCUGCUGGUGGACACAGCCACAGUGAGCGAGUGGAACCUGCAGGGUUUACCCAGCGACGACCUGUCCAUCCAGAAUGGCAUCGUGGUGACGAAGGCGUCCCGCUACCCGCUGCUGAUAGACCCCCAGGGCCAGGGCAAGACCUGGAUCCAGAACAGAGAGAGAGACCAGCAGCUGCAGGUGACGUCUCUGAACCAUAAAUAUUUCCGUUCCCACCUGGAAGACAGUCUGUCUCUGGGGCGCCCCCUGCUGUUGGAGGAUGUAGGGGAGGAGCUGGACCCCGUCCUGGACAACGUACUGGACAAAAACUACAUCAAGUCUGGAUCCACUUACAAAGUGAAGGUGGGAGAUAAGGAGGUGGAUGUGAUGAAGGGCUUCACACUCUACAUCACCACCAAGCUGGCCAACCCAGCGUACAGCCCGGAGGUCAGCGCCAGGACCGCCUUGGUCGACUUCACUGUCACCCAGCGAGGCCUGGAGGACCAGCUGCUGGGGCGAGUCAUACAGCUGGAGAAACAGGAGCUGGAGGCGGAGCGAGUGAAGCUCCUGGAGGAGGUGACGUCCAACAAAAGGAAGAUGAAGGAGCUGGAGGACAGCCUGCUGUUCAGGCUGACCAGCACACAGGGGUCCCUGGUGGAGGACCAGUCUCUGAUCGAGGUGCUGAGGGUCACCAAGACCACCGCUCAGGAGGUGAGUGAGAAACUGUCGGUUGCAGCAGAGACGGAGGUGAAGAUCAACCAGGCCAGGGAGGAGUACCGUCCGGUGGCCACCAGGGGGAGCAUCCUCUACUUCCUGAUCGUGGAGAUGUCGCUGGUGAACAUCAUGUACCAGACGUCACUGCGGCAGUUCCUGGGGCUCUUCGACUCGUCCAUGCAGAACUCUGCCAAGUCGCAGCUCACCUCCAAACGCAUCAGCAACAUCAUCAGCUUCCUCACCUACCAGGUGUACUGUUACACAGCCAGAGGUCUGUAUGAGGACCACAAGCUAUUGUUCACUCUGCUUCUGGCUCUGAAGAUCGACCUGCAGGCCCAGAACAUCUCGCACCCUGAGGUGCUCACCUUCGUCAAAGGCGGCGCCUCUCUGGAUCUGAACUCUGUAGAAUCCAAACCAAGGCGCUGGAUCCUGGAUCAGACCUGGCUCAAUCUGGUGCAGCUGUCUGGCCUGCCUCCAUUCGCCCAGAUCCUGACCCAGGUGAGCCAGAACGAGCGUGCCUGGAGGACCUGGUUCGACCAUCCAGCGCCAGAGGAUGCCACACUGCCUGAUGGGUACGAGGAAAAACUCGACACCUUCAGAAAGCUCCUGCUCAUCCGGAGCUGGUGUCCCGACCGAACCAUCGCUCAGGCCCGGCGUUACAUCUCAGAGUCUCUGGGUCCAAAGUAUGCUGAAGGUUUGGUUCUGGACCUGGACGGCAUGUUGGCAGAGAGUGACAACAGGACGCCGAUGGUCUGUCUGCUGUCGAUGGGCUCCGACCCGACCGAGAACAUAGAGAGACUGGCCAAGAACAAGGGGGCGCCGUGCCGUCCCAUUUCCAUGGGGCAGGGCCAGGAGGUUCCCGCUCGCAGGCUGUUGGCCAGCAGCAUGACAGACGGCGGCUGGCUCCUCCUCCAGAACUGCCACCUGGGGCUGGACUUCCUGGACGAGCUGCUGGAGACGGUCACCGCAGCGACGCCGGAGAGCGUGCACAAGGUUUUCCGGGUGUGGCUGACAACUGACGCGCACCCCAGAUUCCCCAUCGCCUUCCUUCAGUCCUCCAUCAAGUUCACCAAUGAACCUCCUCUCGGCAUGAAAGCCGGUCUAAAGAGGACUUUCAAUGGUGUCACUCAGGAUCAGUUAGAAAUCAGCAGUCUUCCUCAGUGGAAACCUCUACUGUACGCUGUCGCCUUCCUGCACACCACCGUUCAGGAGCGUCGUAAGUUCGGUCCUCUCGGCUGGAACAUCCCUUACGAGUUCAACCAGGCAGAUUUCACCUCCAGCAUGCAGUUUGUCCAGAACCACCUGGAUGACCUGGACUCAAAGAGAGGAGUGAACUGGAGCUGCCUCCGCUACAUGCUGGGUGAGGUCCAGUACGGCGGCCGAGUGACCGACGACCUGGACAAACGUCUGCUGAACACCUUCACUCGCGUCUGGUUCGGCGAGAACACCUUCAGGGACAACUUCUGCUUCUAUGAGGGCUACAGCAUCCCCGCCAAGGCCAAGACAGCCCAGGACGUCCUGCAGCACAUUGAGGCCCUGCCGCUGGUCGACUCCCCGGAGGUGUUUGGGCUCCACCCCAACGCUGACAUCACGUACCAGACCAACCUGGCCAAUGAGACGCUCAGCACCAUUGUCAACAUCCAACCAAAGGACAGCGGGGGCGGGGCUGGGGAGACCAGGGAGGCCAGCGUACAGAGACUAGCCGCUGAGAUGCUGGAGAAGCUACCACCUGACUAUGUGCCGCAUGAGGUCAAAGGUCAGCUGCAGAAGAUGGGUCCGCUUCAGCCAAUGAACAUCUUCCUCCGCCAGGAAGUGGACCGCAUGCAGCGAGUCAUCAGCAGCGUACGGAGCACGCUCACUGACCUCAAACUGGCCAUCGAUGGCACCAUCAUCAUGUCGGAGGACCUGCGCGAUGCUCUCGACUGCAUGUUCGACGCCCGGAUCCCUCGCCUGUGGCUGCGGCUCAGCUGGCCGUCGGCCACGCUGGGCUUCUGGUUCAGCGAGCUGAUGGAGAGGAACCGGCAGCUCAACGCCUGGAUCAGCGCUGGCCGGCCGAACCAGUUCUGGCUCACCGGCUUCUUCAACCCGCAGGGCUUUCUGACAGCCAUGCGUCAGGAGACAACACGCUCCAACCUCUCCAGGGGCUGGGCCUUGGAUACGGUCACCCUUAGCAACGACGUCACCAAGAUGAUGAGGGAGGACGUGUCGGCCCCACCCCCGGAGGACGUGGGCGGGGUCUACAUCUACGGCCUCUUUCUGGACGGGGCGGGAUGGGACCGACGAGGGGCCAAACUCACCGAGGCCCCGCCCAAGGUCCUCUUCACUCCCCUCCCUGUAGUCCACGUCUACGCCGUCAGCGCCGCCAACACGGCCGACAGUAAGCGUCCGCCCGGUGGCGGUGGGGCGGUCGGCCUGUACUCGUGUCCGGUCUAUAAGAAACCGCGUCGGACCGACCUCAACUUCAUCUUCUCUCUGCAGCUCAGGAGCGCGCAGCCGGCGGAGCACUGGACCCUGCGCGGCGCCGCGCUGCUCUGCGACUGCAAGUGACCGUCUGACCGUGGAUAUGUGACUUGGACAGAUGAACUGAACCGACUUUGCAACCUCGAGAACCCCCGAAGGCCCCCAGACACCACUUUGGACGACGCCUGAGCUGGAGAGCCAAGGUCAACGUAAGAAAAUCAGACAUAAGCAGCAUCCUGUCAUGAGUGGAAGCCAGAACGCCCUUGGACCUUCAGACAAGGGCCAACUGAUGCUCAAACAACACGGUAAGGGAAGGGGAUGUGGAAGAAGG